GCGGCGCCAUGAAGGACUGCGAGUACCGGCAGAUCCCGCCCGGUGCCGCCGCUCCGGGCCCCGCCGUUUCCCCGCCGCCCGUUAUACCGGAACGUCCAGGCGAGAACUGGCGGCCCCGACGGAAAUGGGAGGUGUUCCCGGGCCGCAACCGCUUCUAUUGCGGCGGCCGGUUGAUGCUGGCGGGGCACAGCGGAGUCUUCGCCCUCACGCUCGGUCUCAUCCUGGCCACCAGCGCUCUGUUCUUCGCUUUCGACUGCCCCUUCCUCGCCCGUCACCUGACCCUGGCCAUCCCCAUCAUCGCAGCUGUCCUCUUCUUCUUCGUCAUCAGCUGCCUCCUCCAGACAAGCUGCAGGGACCCCGGGAUCCUGCCCAGAGCCACCCCCAGUGAGGCUGCAGACCUGGAGAAACGCAUCGAUGCCAUGGGGACCUCCACGUACCGCCUGCCAGCCCGCACGAUGGAAGUGGUCAUCAAUAAGUACGUGGUGAAGCUCAAAUACUGCUACACCUGCAAAAUGUUCCGUCCCCCCCGCACCUCUCACUGCAGCGUCUGCGACAACUGCGUCGAGAGGUUUGAUCACCACUGCCCCUGGGUGGGCAACUGCGUGGGGAAGCGCAACUACCGCUACUUCUACGCCUUCAUCCUCUCCCUCUCCUUCCUGACAGCCUUCAUCUUCGCCUGCGUCGUCACCCACCUCACUCUGCGCUCUCAGAGAGAUGGAUUCCUCACCACUCUGAAGACAACACCUGCAAGUGUGCUGGAGCUGGUGAUUUGUUUUUUCUCAGUCUGGUCUAUUUUGGGCCUCUCAGGUUUUCACACUUACUUAGUUGCCUCGAACCUGACCACGAACGAAGACAUCAAAGGGUCCUGGUCAAAUAAGAGGGGUUCAGAGUUUGCCAAUCCUUACAGCCAUAAAAGUAUCCUCACAAACUGCUGUGCGGUGCUGUGUGGACCAUUCCAUCCCAGUUUGAUAGACAGAAGAGGGUUCAUCCAGCCAGAUGUGGGGACGCCGGCCAGUCCAAAGAACGAAAUCCCUUCCUUUGGAGCCAAACCUGACACCAGCAUGGAGGAUGCCUGCCAGGACUUCGCUGUUUCCUGCACAGCCUGAUUGGACGUGCCCUCUCCUCUGCCCCUGGCCCUGCAUUUUGGGGGCUGGCUGGUAAGAAAGGAUUUCCUUUUUCUCCUUCAGCCCAUCUCAUCUCCACUGCAUGUCCGGCUCUGCCUGUGAAGCCCUCCAUCACCCUCCAGCCGUGCUGAUACCUGCAUGCUCCCACCGCCUUCCUGCAGCCUGGGUGAGCACAGCAGGGUGCUUCCCUCCCCCCUCCCCCGAGUGCUGUGAGAUGGAGCUGGACUGGGUCAGCCCAGCUUAGGGACAGCAGCCCCGUGAUGUUUGCAGUAGUGCCCUGCACGGUGCAGGGAUGUGUUUGUGGUUUGUCCGGACUGGGAGCACGUUAUGGUUCCACCCCUCAUCUCCAUGUCUCCGUGCCUCAGUUUCCCUGUGUGUAAUGUGACAUUUGUCCUCCCAUGUGCCUACCAUCAAGGUGAGUUCUUUCUCCUCCUUCCCCGGUCCUGGGGCUGUGCAGUGUGCUCAGGGCAGCACGGAGCUCCGCAGGCCGGCAGCCCCUCUGCCCCUCUUGGAGCACCCUGGGGAAGCCAGGACCCCACGAACCUCCCCGAUGACGACAGCCAUCAGCACCGCCUGUGCCUCUACAGAGCUGUGCCUUCCCCCUUCCUGCUGGGAGACAGGGGGGAGAGCAGCCAUGUGCAAGCCAAAGCCUUUCUGAGCCCCCCACCCACAGCAGGGGCCAAAAAGCCAUACAGCAUCCCUCCUGAGUGCAAUACUGCGUUCCUCCUGCCUCCCACUCACCGUGGGGAAGGGCCAUAAACUGAGCCAGGGCUCCCAGCACCCAGCCCUACCUGGGGGCUCCUCCUGGGGGGCGGGGGGGGUUGGGUUUGAGCCAGCACAUGUUGCCCACUGCAUCCCACUUGACCCUGUAGGAUGGUGCAUGGUCAAUACUCACCCUCCUUAUGAGCUCCCCACCCCCCGGUUCAUCACUAUGGGGCUCUGAUGGAGGGGAUGGGUCCCUUCCCCCUGUGCAAAGGGCUUCAAGCCUGGUAGGAUUCUGCCUUUUACUUUUGUAAUGAAAUAAAGAU